GUGCAUGCGGAGGGACUGUCACCACUGGUGAAACACCUUCAUUCCUCUUCUCACCGGGCUGGCCCAUGAAUUACAGAAAUUUUGCUGACUGUGUGUGGCUUAUCAGAGCUCCUGGAUCUACUGUGGAAUUCAAUAUCCUGGAACUAGACAUAGAAUCUCACAGCUCAUGCAACUAUGACAAACUUAUUAUCAAAGACGGAGACACUAGUCUUUCCCCAGUGCUGGCUACUCUGUGUGGACGAGAACCUCCUGGGCCAGUAAGAUCAACUGGAGAGGCAAUGUUCAUCCACUUCAUGUCAGAUGCAAGUGUCACUGGAGCUGGGUUUAAUGCCUCUUAUCACAAAAGUUGCGGAGGCUAUUUGCACACAAGCAGGGGUGUGAUAACAUCCCCCAACUACCCUCAAGACUAUGCUCCUAAUCUGAAUUGUUCCUGGCAUGUAGUGGUAACUGCUGGAUUUAUUAUUGCUGUUCAUUUUGAACAGCCUUUCCAGGUUAAGAGUGAGGAUGGUUCCUGCAGCCUUGGAGAUUACUUAGAGAGAUAUGAGGCCAAGAGUCUAGCUUGUGGAGGGAACAUUUAUAUCAAUGAUUUCAACCCCAGUGGAUAUACAUCUUCCCCCAACUAUCCGAGCAAUUACCCCCCACAUGCCGACUGUGUCUGGACCAUAACUGCUCCCAAUGGACAUGCAGUAGAGCUGCAAUUUGAAGAUCAGUUUUAUAUUGAACCUUCACCAAACUGCACUUCCAGUUACCUAGAGCUACGCAACGGCGCCGACUCCACUGCCCCCAUCAUUGCCAAGCUGUGUGGAGGUUUGAUGCCAGGCUCACAGAGGUCUUCAGGAGCUGUCAUGUACCUGAGGUUCAGGUCUGAUAGCAGUGCCACACAUGUGGGAUUCAAUGCUAAAUACUCCAUUGCUCCCUGUGGUGGGACAGUGAUAGGACAAACUGGCAUCAUCGAGAGCAUGGGGUAUCCUGAGCUUCAUUAUCAAGACAACCUGCUGUGUGAAUGGUUUCUGCAGGGUCCCAGGGGCCACUAUCUUACCAUCAGACUAGAAGGCCUAGAUAUUCAAAACUCUUCCGAGUGCACAAAUGACUUUGUGGAGAUCCGAGAAUACAACGCUUCUGGAAAUCUGUUGGGCAAGUACUGUGGAAAUACUCUCCCUCAUGCUGUGGAUACCUCUGACAGUUUUGCUUAUGUCAAGUUUGUCACUGAUGGAUCAGUCAAUUCCAGAGGAUUCAGACUGCGCUUUGAUUCCAGUACUGAAGAAUGUGGUGGGGAUUUUACUGCCCCUGUUGGAACAUUUACUUCACCCAACUAUCCCAACCUAUACCCACAUAAUCGAGUGUGUGAAUGGAGGAUUACAGUGGAAGAAGGUCGACGUGUGACUCUUACCUUUAAUGAUAUGAAAACUGAAGAACACUGGAGGUGCUCAGCAGAUUAUGUGGCUGUUUACAAUGGCCUCAGACAGAACUCUCCCCGGCUGGCCAAGCUGUGUGGAGAGGUAAAUCCAGGCACUGAGGUGAAAUCCUCUGGAAACACAAUGAAAGUCAUUUUGGUGACAGAUAUAUCCCAUGCAACCAGAGGCUUCAGUGCCUCAUAUACAUCUAGUGAAGAUGCAGUUUGUGGUGGAACUCUGAUGGGAUCUGCAGGUGGGAAUUUCUCUUCUCCUGGUUAUGAUGGCAUCAAAAAUUACACAAGUAACCUGAACUGCGAAUGGAUCGUUGAAAAUCCCUACCACUAUAACUCAUCCAUUUAUAUAUCUUUUGAGGAUUUCCACUUAGAACAUCACCAGAACUGCCAGUAUGACUACCUAGAGUUACGAAUAGGGGAUGCUGACGGAGAGCUAAUAGCCAGACUUUGUGGUCAGGCUGCACCAUCUUUGCCUCUAGUCAUAGCUGUUCCCCAGAUCUGGGUACACUUCAUAAGUGAUGAAAACACAGAAGAUAAAGGAUUCAUGGCCCAUUACACAUUUGAAGCCUGUGGUGGUAUACAGUCAGGUGAAAAUGGAGUUAUCUCAAGCCCUAACUACCCAGAGCCUUACAGCAAUCUGAAUCGCUGCUCCUGGUUGUUGGAAGCCCCUGAGGGUCAAACUAUCACUCUUACUUUUACAGCCUUCCACGUUGAAAAUCACUCACUUUGUAAGUGGGAUUCUGUUACCAUCCUGAAUGGUGGCUCUCCAGGAUCUCCUGUCAUAGGAAAGUAUUGUGGAAACACAUCUCCUGGGACUAUUCGGUCUGGUUCCAACAAGCUGGUUGUCAUCUUUAACUCUGAUCACUCAAUUCAAGGAGGUGGCUUUUAUGCAACAUGGACAGCAGAAUCUUUAGGCUGUGGUGGAAUCAUUCAUGCAGAUAAUGGUACGAUCAGGUCCCCUCAUUGGCCUCAAAACUUUCCCAUGAACACCAGAUGCACAUGGACCAUCAUUACACAUGAAAGCAAACACUUGGAGAUGAACUUCCACAGUAACUUCCAGAUUCCAGACAGCAAUGGAAGCUGCCAGAGCAGUUAUGUGAAG